AACUGAUAAAAACUUUUUUCCACAUUCCUGUCCUGGAGCUCGACCGGUUCCUCCCUACAUGGGGUGAGCAGAGCUGCUCCGGAACAGCUUCAAAGAUCGACAGCAAAGCUAUCUGAGUUCUGCUGGUAUGGUUGGUAGCUGCAUGUAGUAGUAGUAGUAGUAAUAGAAAGAGCUAUGUAAGAGUACCGUGUGUGCGUUCUAUGGUAAUGGCUCGAGUCCAAAGGGUACCUUGGAUGGGCCACACAUGUUUUUUACUCGUCUGAUUGAAAUGGAGUCGCCCGAUCACAAGACGUGAUACCAACGCAAAGGGAACCCGGCAUCUUCCAAUCACGGCAAUAUCAAAGCGAGAGCCUGAAAUCUUCGCGAGAGACUUCGCCUUUCCCUCAAAGUGUCAAGAUGACAUGGGCCUGGGGGGUUUGAUUGAUCCCUGAAAAUCCGUCGAAAUCAUGGUGGCGUGGGAUCUGGGUCGAUUAUGGGUCCUUUGGGUCCCUAUCCUAUGUAUUUGGGACUCUUUUGGGACCCAAACGGGAAGGUUGGCGUGGGCCCAAGACAUCGUGAAGGAGUUUAGCGACGAAUACGCCUGGAAUAACAAUGAGAUCCCACAAUUCAACAACCUCGUCAUCGGCAAAGUGACUGGUCGGGUUUACAUCGGGGCGGUGAAUAAGCUGUAUCAGCUCUCGCCUGAUCUCGAACUGACCGUGUCAGCCAUCACGGGGCCCAAGGAGGAUUCCCCCGAUUGCAGUGUCUUGCCCGAUUGUCCGGCUUCAGUCCAGAAGAAGCUCACUAACAACGUCAACAAGGCCUUGGUCAUUGAUUAUGCCGAAUCGAGGCUCAUCGAGUGCGGCUCUUUGUUUCAAGGGGUUUGCACCGUGCGGAGUCUGAGAAACAUCUCGAUCGUGGAAAAGAACGUGCGUGAGCCCGUCGUUGCCAACAAUGCCACGGCUAGUACGGUGGCCUUUAUCGCACCGGGACCGGAUAACCCGCCUAUCACUCAGGUGCUCUAUGUGGGUGCGACUUUCACGGGAAGCGGACCCUAUCGAUCCGAAGUCCCGGCUGUGUCUUCACGAAGCCUCAAUUCUGACACGUUGUUCGAGAUUGCUCAAACGGCGGUGACGACUGGCACCCGUAUUGCUGUGAAUUCCUUGGCCCGUGAGCAAUAUCCCAUCAACUACAUAUACGGAUUUAGCUCUGAAGGGUUCUCGUACUUCCUCACUACCCAAAUGAAACAAUCGGAUCCGAGUCCAUUUCACUCCAAGUUGGUGCGUGUGUGUCAUAGCGAUAAAGACUACUACUCCUAUACGGAGAUUCCCAUCGAGUGCAUCAGUGACAACCCAAUGAAAGACUACAAUCUAGCCCAGGCCGCUUAUGUGGGGAAACCAGGCUCGGAUUUGGCUGCUAACCUGGGAAUCACUGCCCAAGAUGAUGUACUUUUUGCCGUGUUUUCGGAGGGUGACUCAGCCGAGGGAGAUGUGACUUCCAAACCCAGCAAGAACAGCGCCCUUUGUGUCUACUCCCUGAAAUCUAUUCGCCGAAAAUUUAUGCAUAACAUUCAACGAUGUUUCACGGGAACUGGAUCCAGGGGUUUGGGCUACAUCUCACCCAGUCUGCCGUGUAUCAACACCAAACUCACCCAAAUCCGGGAAGAUUUUUGCGGUCUGGACGUCAACACGCCUUUGGGAGGAGAAUUGCCCGUGUUCGCGAAGCCAGUGUUGACUUUUGACUCCCUUUUGACGGGCGUGACUGCCACGAGUACGGGUGUUUAUACAGUAGCCUUCCUUGGGACUGGAGAUGGAUACAUGAAGAAAGUGGUGGUUGAAUCGGCUUCGGCUGGCGUGGAGUAUGCGAAUAUUCCUAUUAGUCUGGGUCAUGGCAUCAAUUCGGACAUUCUCUUUGAUCUCAAGCAAAACCAUGUCUACAUCAUGUCAGAUAAGAAGCUGUCUAAGGUUCAAGUCCAAGAUUGCUCCGUGUACAAGUCUUGCGGAGACUGUUUAGGUUCCAAGGAUCCUUACUGCGGCUGGUGUUCUUUGGAGAACAAAUGCAGUUUGAGAGGCGAUUGUAAAGAUGCGGCUAUGGACCCAUUGUAUUGGAUUUCGUACAAAUCGGGCCGAUGCACCACCAUCGCCUCGGUCCACCCGGUCGAGAUCCAAAGAACCACUGCCCGAACCUUGACUUUGGUGAUUGAUAACCUUCCAUCUCUAGACGGUAAAUUUUUGUGCGUGUUUGAGGCCAAUGGCAAAACCCUGACCACCAAUGCUAACCGCACUGCCACCGGGGCGAGUUGUACCACUCCUCGAAAUGAUCUCUUGCCUUUGAUCCCAGCUGGGCAACAUCAUUUUACAUCCGUGUUAUCCGUGAAAUUGGCCGAAGGAACCGACUUUGUGUCUACGAACUUUACCUUCUUCGAUUGCAAUACAUUUUCCUCAUGUACAUCUUGCGUGUCCUCAUACUUUCCAUGUGAUUGGUGUGUGGAUGGCCAUCGAUGCACUCAUGACGUGGGCGAGAACUGUAGGAACGACGUUUUGAUUACUGGAAUCAAGCGUGUUGGAACAAGUCUCCGGUCCGGUCCCAAUUUCUGUCCACGAGUCAAUUCGACGUCUGGUGGAAGCUCGGAGAUUCUGGUUCCCUCGGGCAUCAAGAAAGCCAUUCAAGUCAAAGUGGACAAUAUCGUUACCUUUCUCUUGCAAAAUCGUUUUGUUUGUCAAUUCAACAUUGAAGGGCGUGUCACCAGCGUCAACGCCCAACUUCUGGGCGAUUUAAUCUAUUGUGACAAGAUGGAGUUUGCCUACACCUCACGGGCCCCAAAUAUAAGUGCCACAUUUGCCGUGAUUUGGGACGGAUCCAAACCAUUGGACAAUCCCGAUCAGAUUCACGUUUUGAUCUAUCGGUGCAAGGAGAUGGCUGACAAUUGUGGUAAAUGUUUGUCCCUGGACGAGAAGUUCGAAUGUGGCUGGUGUCAAAGCUCGGAGAAAUGCGAGGUCAAGGAGAAAUGUGGGGAUCAGGCCAAAUCAUGGCUUAAUCGCGAUCAGACCUGUCCCAAUCCCAGGAUCCUUUCCUUUGAGCCCACUUUGGGACCUUGGGAAGGUGGAACCAACAUCACCAUUCGGGGCAUCAAUUUGGGCAAGGAAUUCCGAGACAUUUAUGGAGGGAUCACCGUGGCGGGCAUUCAAUGUGACCCAUACGAGUUCCUUUAUGUGCGAACAGAGGAGAUUGUGUGUAAAGUCGAUGGGCCUGGUACAAGAGAACCUCGCAGUGGACCAGUUAUUGUGAAGGUGGCAGACUUUCGAGGCGAGUCGAAACAAAACUACGAAUUCAUCCAUCCCGAAAUCAAGGCCAUUCGUCCCAGACGUGGACCCAUGUCUGGUGGAACUCGCAUUAAGAUCCUUGGAGACUACAUGAAUGCUGGAAGCCAUAUCGAGGCCUUCAUUGGAGACGCACCGUGCACAAUUGUGGAGACACGAACGGAUAAGGCCAUCUGUAUAACUGGUCCUUCAGACGCUCUCACCAAAGCUGAAGUGAGAAUGGUCUUCGAUAAGGGCACUCGAGUUCUGUCUGGUAGGCGAUUCGAGUACGUGGAAGAUCCAAAGAUUGACUAUGCAGAUUCAGGGAACUCGGGCGUGAGGAAAAUUCCAAAAGGAAUCCCCUCCGGUGGGAUCAACAUCACCGUGGUUGGUGCUAAUUUCAAUUAUAUUCAGGAUCCCAAAAUGUACGUGAUCUUCCAAGACCAACGCCAUGAAGGGCCCUGCAUGGUCGUGGAUAACCGAAAGAUGCAUUGCAAAUCCCCCAAGAUUGAGGCUCCCAUCGCUUGGAGAAGUAUCGAUAAUCCUGAACCGUUGAAACUGGAUUUCGGCUUCAUUAUGGAUUCAGUCUCCAGGGUUCAGAACCUGUCCAAGGUACUCAAUUCCCAUGUGCUCAUCUACCCGGAUCCGGAGUUCAAUGAAUUCGAUGAAGACGAUGGAAUCAAGUACUAUAAGAGCGAUUAUUUGACUCUGAAUGGCAAGAACCUGAACCGAGCUAGCCGUGAGACCGACAUGAAGGUCAGGAUUGGUUCGAAAUUCUGCAAUGUUACCAGUCUCUCCUUGAAUCAACUGACUUGUAAGCCACCCGAGGAACAACCUCCAGCUUGGAUCAACAACCAGGAAAGUUAUGAUGAGCUUCCAGAAGUGAUUGUGUCCAUUGGAGACAACCUCAAGUACAACAUUGGAAAACUCAGCUACAGUCUUGGAGGUGAAGGCCAGCUGCCCAAAACCGUGUUGAUAGGCGUGGCUUUGGGUGCGGCGUUGUUACUUUUGGUAGUCAUUGGUAUCCUGAUCCUAUAUCGUAGAAAAUCCACAGAGAGCUCGCGUGUGCUCAAGAACAUGCAAGAACAAAUGGAUGUGCUCGAAUUGCGUGUGGCGGCUGAGUGCAAAGAGGCAUUCACUGAACUUCAAACCGAGAUCACGGAAUUGGGAAUUGAGCUUCAACACGGUGGAAUCCCAUUCCUCGAUUAUCGAACCUAUUGCGUCAAGAUUUUGUUCCCAUCAGUUCAAGAUCAUUCUGUUCUUCAAUGGGACCGACCAGAACUUCAGAGGAGGGAGAAGGGUCUGCGCAUGUUCGGCCAGCUCAUCAUGAAUAAGACCUUCUUAGUGCUGUUUAUCCGAACCCUGGAAAGCAACCGAUACUUCUCAAUGCGGGACAGAGUCAACGUGGCCUCUCUUAUCAUGGUCACGCUCCAAUCCAGAAUGGAGUAUUGUACGGACAUCCUGAAGACCCUACUAGGUGAUCUCAUUGACCGCUGCAUGGAUGGCAAGUCCCAUCCCAAGCUGCUUCUCCGUCGUACAGAAUCUGUGGCUGAGAAGAUGCUCUCCUCGUGGUUCACGUUCUUGCUGUACAAAUUCCUACACGAAUGUGCGGGUGAGCCCCUGUACAUGCUCUAUUGUGCCAUCAAACAUCAAGUGGACAAGGGUCCCGUGGACGCCAUCUCUCACGAGGCUCGAUAUUCGCUGAGUGAAGAGAAACUCAUCCGACAACAGAUUGAGUACCGUCAAAUGAAUGUGUUUGUUUCCAUGUCCCCCCAAACGAUCUACAUGUCGGGUCUGGAUCCCCAAGGCGACAACAUGGACAUCCCAGUCCGCGUUUUGGAUUGCGACUCCAUCUCUCAAGUAAAAGAUAAGUCUCUGGACACCGUGUAUCGAGCCUUCCCUUACAGUCAGCGCCCCAAGAAGGAGGACCUGGAUCUGGAAUGGCGCACGGGCACUUCAGGUCGCCUCAUUCUGUAUGACGAAGAUAGCACAACCAAGACCGAAGGCGAUUGGAAGCGCAUCAACAACCUCAACCACUACCGAGUGCCAGAUGGUGCUCUCCUCACUCUAGUCCCGAAGCAAUCCAGUAUGUACAACAUAUCCACCAUGUCAGACAAGUCGGACCGACACCUGUACCACAAGUACGAGACCCUGAACCUCUCGAAGAUGGGGGCCAAUCACUCGCCUCCCAUGAGUCGGGCCACGUCACCGCUCAACCACGAGUACGACAACGGUCUGAAAGUGUGGCAUCUGGUCCGACACGAGUGGGACAACGACAAAGAUGGCGAGAGGCACAACAAGAUGGUCUCCGAGAUCUAUCUCACUCGACUCUUGGCCACCAAGGGAACGCUCCAGAAGUUUGUGGACGACCUUUUCGAGACAAUCUUCAGCACGGCUCAUCGAGGGAGUGCCCUCCCCUUAGCCAUUAAGUAUCUGUUCGACUUCUUGGACGAUCAAGCCCUGCAACACGGGAUCACGGACGACGAAGUGGUUCACACGUGGAAAAGCAACAGCUUGCCCUUGAGGUUCUGGGUGAACCUGAUCAAGAAUCCUGACUUUGUGUUCGACAUCGGCAAGAGCAAUAUAGUGGACAGUUGUCUGUCAGUGACCGCGCAAACCUUCAUGGACGCUUGCUCCACGUCGGAACACAUUCUGGGCAAGGAUUCGCCCAGCUCCAAGUUGCUCUACGCCAAGGACAUUCCUGUUUACAAGGAUUGGGUGGACCGGUAUUAUAGUGAUAUCAAAAACAUGCCCGUGAUCUCGGACCAGGACAUGAAUGCCAUGUUGGCCGAGGAAUCACGACUCCAUGCAAAUGAGUUCAAUUUGAAUAGUGCUCUCCAUGAGUUGUACCAAUACGCCGUUAAAUAUAACGAGCAACUCAUCCAGACCCUUGAGGAUGACGAGUUCAGUUGCAAGCAGAGAUUGGCCUACAAACUUGAGCAAGUCCACAACGUCAUGCAGAGUAGCGAAUAGUUCUGAUUGGAGACCUUGUUCGAUUGGGAUAAAUCUGUCUUUUCCAGCAUGAAGAAACAUGGAAAUGAAGCAAUCGGUAUUCAUUGAAAUCAUUCUCAUCAUACGAUAAUUGUAUUGUGACUAGUAACCCUUGAGAUUAGACCCACUCAGUUUGUUCCAAUUCACUCGUCUUGCUAGAACCUGAUCAGUUUGAACUUCGUGAAAUUGUCACAAAUCCAUACUCAUUUUAUUAUUGGCCAUGAUCAUUCAAAUAUUGUGUGUAGUGACUUUCUACUUGCCAUUAUUAUUAUUACUAUAAUCAUCUUCAUUAUUAUUAUUGCCAUUAUUAUUCUGCUACUACAACAACUACUACUACUACUAUCGAUCACUACUUACUCAUCAUAAAAGCGUUGUUCCGCUCCCACUUUUAUAUUGAUCGGAUGUUAAAUGCUUCUCAAAUACAUUCUUUUUCAAUACCAAAGGUUACAAUAAACACUGAAAAACUAA